AUGCCCCCGACCAAGAGGACCAGCUUGGGCCAACCGACCCUUAAUAGGAAGAGACACAAGGGAGAAAGCAGCCACUAUGAGUUUGUGGCCGUGAGAAGACUUCACCCGGAACAUGAGAUCAAAGACUGGCAGAGAACCUCAUCCUUUGGCCACUUCAAGGCUGAGGGACCGAAGCAAGGCUCAAGACGCCCCUCCAAGGCCAAAUCCGAGUGGACUAAGCUUGGCCACAUUUCUGGUGUUUACGUUUUGCACGACUGGUCAUCAAGUGUAAGCUCAACAGCAGAAUUGGCUGCUUACACCACAUUCAAUAGCAUUCCUUCUAUGUCGGCAUUCUGCGACAAUGUUGUCGCCGAUAUCAAUCAUGCCGCCCUUAGAGUCACAUACCGAAAAUUCACAAACGAUGCGAUCAAGACCGAAAUUGCUUCCGACAGCGACGACACUUAUCAGCACAUGUCACCAUCAACUGUUCUGAGACGUGUCAAAGAGGACGUCAUGCUCCAAGACCUGUUGGCCAUCAUUGAAGCUGGAUGCAAGAAGCCGACUCUUGUGCCGAUCACAGUAUCUGUUCUCAAAGGCAAAAACUCCGACAAUGAUUGUGUCGACGCCACUGCUUUCGUAGCCGUUCAUGCGCUGCAAAUUCUCAUGUUUGCCUCCAUCGACUGGGCUCAGGAUCGUCCAUAUAGUCGCGAUUUGGCCGUAUACGAACACCGAUACCCUACCCCUUCAGGCUAUUCAGGCUAUGGUGGUGGAGAAACGGCCGCAAUUGGCCCUUACAGUUUUGAGGAUUUCCAUCGGGCAGUCUGUUUGUUCUGGAUGGCACACACAAGGAGAGAAUCACCUCAGAGAAAUAUUUUAGGCCGCGUUCCAGGAAAUGUACCUGCCAAUUUCCGAGGCUACUACGACCCAGACGCAUGGAAACCCGAUUUUGAGGAGGAAAACGAUAGCAAGGCUCGUUUUGCUGCUGAUCAAGGGAUGCAUUUGCAAUCCAUACACGAAGAGUUUCUUGCUGUGGCAGAACACAAGUCAACAGGCAUUAUACCACAAGCGCCCACCAAUCUGCCACAGUUAUCGCCAAUCAAUUCUCAGGGAAUAGCGGGUGAUGAACUCUUCGAAUUGUAUGCAAUGGCGGCGAAUGCAAUGGAUGUUGAGGUCGCCCGAAAAGGCAACGAUCCCAACGACUUGGGUGCAGAUUUAUACAAUGAUCUUCCGGAGAUGCUUACCUCUGACUUUAAAACCUUGUUUACGGUUUUGAACAAAAAGUUUGGCCAGUCAUCCUUAGCUUCAAAUGCUGAACUAACAAGGAGAGCUAUUGAUUCGUUUAUGUCCCUGGUCGAAGACGACGUAGUCGUUACUGGCUCGGAUUUGGAACUGGCUCCCAUGGAAAUAUUUACAGAAGAACUCAGAGGUGCAGAUAAGCUCUUUGGGUCUGACAAGGCUCUUGCGGCGUCGCAACUGCAGCAGCUCAGAGAUGGUACUGGACUCGACCACGAUAUUAUCGCUGGAGUUGAGCAUGUGAAGGCAUUGGCCACGCAUUCUGUUCAUGGAGGGCUUGAUUUCUUCUUCUCCAAGUCCAUAAUGGACCCGAAUAUCCCGGCGCCUAUUUUGCCCCAGCAAUGGCUGAGGUGGUUGCUGGGCGGAAGCCCGAUCAUGACGAGGGUGUUGAUUACAUUUGCUACGAUGGAGAUGGCUGGAUUUAAGGUCAACACGAUUCGCUCAUCUGAUAAGUCUACAAAGAGAGCGAAGCUAGUCGCAGAGUUCACAGACCCAACCUCGAACUGCGAGAUAUUUCUCACCGACGUCCACACCAUCACAGUAGAAGCCAAUCUCCAAGCAUGCUGCAGCAAGGGCAUUAUGAUGAGUUACCCCCACGAUGCAGAGAUUCUCAAGCAAGUGCACCGCAGCCUUCGGAUUGGACAGACACAGCCAGUGACUUGCCAUAUGCUCAAGGCGGCAAACUCUUUCAACGACCAUCAAGAGAGACUUUGCAUGUCCCAGUGGGCAAAGAAAAUGCCAGCUGAGAUGGUGAUAGAGAACUGGUAUCCCGACAAUAUUCGAGAGAUGAUCAUUUACGAAUUCUUGCUUGCUUAUUUUGGGCAACCGUUUAACCGAUAUGCGUGGGUUUUGCUCCAAGAUUGGGAUCCAGCCAACUUCUCCUACAACAGCGACCAUACGGUAAAAAUAGGCCAUGCCAUCACUUGUGUUGCCAUGAUGUGCGUAUCUGCAAAGGACAAGGAGUCGCAUAUCCUUUGGACCCAGUUAUCGAAAGAUCUGGUAUCGAGCUUGAUCAAGUUUGUGGAGGGGAUGAGUGUUGAGGAAGUGAGAGGACUGACAUUGAAGGAGCAAGGAGAGCUUGCAGAUGAAUUCUUGAUGAAACUUCUGGAAGGUGCUAAAGCCUUUGCAGAUUAG